ACAACGUCACGGAACCCAGCCCUACCCACCCGCGCACCAUUGGCUCCCGUGGCCGCUGACGCGUCGCGCUUCCUCGUCUGGCCCGCGUGUUCGGGAACGCUCGUUCUCCGCCCCGCCCCCCGUCGACUAAGAAGAGGCCAUGGCGGCGAUGGCAUCUCUCGGCGCCCUGGCGCUCCUCCUGCUGUCCGGCCUGUCCUGCUGCUCAGCAGAGGCCUGCGUGGAGCCGCAGAUCACCCCCUCCUAUUACACCACCUCCGACGCCGUCAUUGCCACGGAGACCGUCUUCAUCGUGGAGAUCUCCCUCGCGUGCAAGAACAGGGUCCAGAACAUGGCUCUCUACGCUGAUGUCAGUGGGAAGCAGUUCCCCGUCACCCGCGGCCAGGACGUGGGGCGUUACCAGGUGUCCUGGAGCCUGGAUCACAAGAGUGCUCACGCGGGUACCUACGAAGUCAGAUUCUUUGAUGAGGAGUCCUACAGCCUCCUGAGAAAGGCUCAGAGAAACAACGAAGACGUGUCUGUCAUCUCGCCUCUGUUCACAGUCCAUGUGGACCACAGGGGCACUUGGAACGGGCCCUGGGUCUCCACUGAGGUGCUGGCUGCGGGCAUCGGCCUUGUGCUCUACUACCUGGCCUUCAGCGCCAAGACCCACAUCCAGGCGUGAAGGCAGCGGUGUCCUUGAGCAAUA